AUGGAGAAGAAAAUGAUGGAAUUGAUGGAACAGAGGCUGAGUGAGCUGCGAGAUCAAGUCAUACAAGAGCAGGAACUCAAAAUUUUGGAACUAACGCAAUCGAUUGCUGCUAUCAAUUUGCAGAAUCAGAAAAACAAAGCAGCAAUGGAUAAGGGUGAAGGAAGUAGUGAAGGAAAAUCGGAUUGGGGAAGAUCGACUCGAUAUGAGUUUCCUAAAUUUGAUGGUGAAGGAUUUGAGGGUUGGAUGAUGAGAGCUGAGUAUUUUUUCAGAGGCUUCCCGACUCUUCAUGGAGAUGAAGCGUAUGUGGACUGGAGAUAUUACAAUUCAUGCUUGGCAGCUCGCUUUGGAGCUCAAGCUUAUGAAGAUCCCUUGGAAGAUUUGAGAAAUCUCAAACAAAGAGGUACGCUGCAAUCAUAUAUGGAUGCUUUUGAUGAAUUAUAUCCGAGAACCGGUAUUAGGGAAGAUCAAGCACUUAGCUUCUUUCUAUCUGGCCUUAUUGAUGAACUACAAAUGCCAGUAAGAAUGUUUAGACCUACGAGCUUAGCUGAAGCAUACUCAUUAGCUAAGUUACAGGAGUUAACUGUGAAAGCUUUGGGAAUUAAAUCUAAAGCAAUGCUGAAUAAUGCUCCUACAAGCAGCAACUAUUACUCUAGUAGCAAACCUAUGACAGUAACAUCCACCAAUAAACCAGUGACAAAUAGGAAAUCUUAUGUGAUACAACUGAUAGAGUGUGAUGAGCAAGAGGAUAAGUCAGAUGAGACAGAGGAGGAAGAGAAAUCAGAUCUUCAGUUAUCUCUCCAUGUUGUUUGGGGGAAGGAUGGUUCUCAGGUGAUGAGAAUUAGAGGCCUAUGUCAAAAGAAAUCCCUGAAGAUUCUGAUUGAUACUGGUAGUACUCACAAUUUUUUGAGUAUCACCAUGGCCCGGAAGAUCAAAUGCCAUCUUACUGAUGUGAGCUCUAAAGCUGUUGAGGUUGCAAAUGGACAACUGCUACAAUGGUGCUUGGUUGUCUACUUUGGGGAAAUUACAUGGAACUUUAAUAAGCUAAGUAUGGUGUUUAAACUUUCUAAUGUGGAGGUGAAGUUACAAGGAGAAUUAUGGUCACCAAAGGCUGAUCAACUUCACUGCCUACAUGUGUGUAAUCAACAAGAGAUGGAUGUAGAGGAAAGGAAGAUAAACCAGCUGAUGCCUACAGUGGAAGGUGAUUUUUUUGGCUGCUACAUGGCUAGUGCAGAGGAGGUUUGGCCUGCUCUCAAUUUAAUUUUAACAGAAAAUGAGAGAGUUUUUGAAGAACCUAAUUCGUUACCACCUCAAAGGGAACAUGAUCACAAGAUAAUAUUGAAGGAAGGUUCUGAUGCUGUGAACAUACGGCCUUAUAAAUAUGCAACAAAACAAAAAGAUGUGAUUGAAACCAUGAUUUUAGAGAUGCUUAAAUCUGGAGUGAUAAGGCACAGUGAGAGUUCCUUUGCUAGUCCUAUUGUCUUGGUUAAGAAAAAAGACUCUACAUGGCGCAUGUGUAUUGACUAUAAAGCUUUGAAUGCUAUCACGGUUAAGGAUAAAUAUCCUAUACCAGUCAUAGAAGAGCUUUUAGAUGAGCUAAGUGGAGCUACUUGGUUCUCCAAAAUAGAUCUGAGAUUAGGCUACUGGCAAGUGAGAAUGAGACCGGAAGAUAUCCACAAAACUGCCUUCAAGACACAUUCGGGUCAUUAUGAAUUUUUAGUGAUGCCAUUUGGAUUGACGAAUGCCCCAGCCAUGUUUCAAAAUCUGAUGAAUACUGUGUUUAGAGAGCAUUUGAGGAAAUUUAUCUUAGUUUUCUUUGAUGACAUUUUGAUCUACAGCCGAAGUACAGAAGAACAUGAGUUGCAUCUGUCACAGUGA